AUGGCCGACACCGAACACCAGCCACUGCUCGAAGCCGCGUCGAUACAAUAUGACUCCCUGCGCGACCCAUCUCCCAGUCUCCCUCCCGAUGAAUUUGGCCUCAGUGUUCAGAGCACGCUCCCUGGGACAGCACCGGAAGGCAAGACCCUCACCUGGUCCAGCGCGUAUAUCCUCGUCGUAUCGCGGGUUAUCGGUAGCGGCGUGUUUGCAACGCCGGGCUCAAUCGUCAAGUCGGUCGGGAGCGUCGGAUUGACUCUGUUGGUAUGGCUGGUCGGCACCAUUCUGGCGGCCUGCGGACUCGCCGUGUCCAUGGAAUACGGAUGCAUGUUGCCUCGGUCAGGCGGAGAGAAGGUGUAUCUCGAGUAUACCUAUCCUCGGCCGCGAUUCCUCGCCUCGACUCUCAUCGCUGUGCAGGCCGUGGUGCUGGGGUUCACGGCGAGCAACUGCAUCAUCUUCGCCAAAUACACCCUGUUCGCCUUUGAUAUCGAGCCCACCGAACUGCAACAUAAAGCUCUGGCCGUCGGAUUGCUUACGGCGAUUACCAUCGUACAUGGCUGUUUCCUCAAAACGGGCAUAUGGAUCCAGAACGUGCUCGGGUGGGUAAAGAUCUUCUUGGUUGCGGCCAUGUCGUUGACAGGGCUAUGGGUGAUUCUCUUCCGACCGUACGGAGACUCGAUCGGAGCGUCGCAAACAGGAUCUGACUAUCCUUUCGCGUGGGACACGGUGUGGGAGGGCUCGAACUGGAGCUGGAGCUUGUUUUCCACCUCGCUGUUCAAGGUGCUCUACUCGUACACCGGUCUGAACAAUGUCAACAACGUCCUCAACGAGGUGCAAAAUCCCGUGCGUACCUUGAAGACCGUCUGUCCAGCGGCUUUGUUUACCGCAUGUGGCCUGUAUCUGGUAGCCAACGUGUCUUAUUUCCUGGUUGUGCCGCUAGAGGAGAUCAAGAACAGCGGCGAGCUUGUGGGUGCUCUCUUGUUUGAGCGUCUUUUCGGGAAUCAUAUCGGAAGGACGCUUUUUCCUUUAGCCAUCGCCAUAUCUGCUGCGGGGAAUGUUAUGGUAGUGACUUUUGCUUUGGCCCGAGUGAAUCAGGAGAUUGCUCGACAGGGGUUUCUGCCUUGGUCAAAGGUGCUCUCCUCGUCUCGACCAUUCCACACUCCUCUAGGCGGUUUGAUCGUUCACUACGUACCCUCGCUCCUGGUUAUCUCUCUCCCGCCACAGGGGGAUGUCUACAACUUCAUUCUCGACGUUGAGGGCUAUCCCGGUCAAAUCUUCGCGCUGGCCGUCACGGUCGGCUUGCUGCUCGUUCGACGACGUGAACCCUUUCGUCUGCGUCCGUUCAAGGCCUGGCUACCGGCAGUGUGGCUACGUAUCGUGGUCUGUCUGGCUUUGUUGGUCGCUCCCUUUAUCCCUCCACCAGACCGGAAGGGUGAUGUGCACUUCUUCUACGCGACGUAUGCGAUUGUAGGGGCUUCUGUUGUUAUUUUUGGCAUUCUCUACUGGUACGUAUGGACAAGGCUACUCCCCCACUGGGGAGGCUACAAACUGGAAGAGGAGGUCGACGUAUUGGAUGAUGGCACCAGCAUUACCAAGCUGACAUUCAUCUUUACAUUCGCUGUCAGCCCACGUGUCGCAAUGGCCUCUGCCGCAGUCCAGCUUCCUACCGGUCCCGGUUCUUCUCUCCUCACGCAAAAGUCCCAAGCCCCCAUCCAGACCUCUGAUAAGCCGCACCACGUUCAAACGAACCUACAUUUCGUCAAGGAGCUGCCGGACGGAUCACAUCUCGCUCCGAGCUAUGUCGGGAAGCCGGAAAGCUAUGAACGGCCCUCUGCGGAAGUCCCGGUGACGGUGCACGACGUUAGCGGCCGUGAGCUGGACUAUACGCUGGACGGUAAUGGGUUCCAGUUCUACUACCACGAGAGCAAGGAGAAGGAUUUUGUCGACGACGAGAAGAUCAAGAGGGAGUACUAUCCCGAGGUGGAGCAGCUUCUGAAGGAUGCGACCGGCGCUUCGAAGGUCUUCAUCUUCGACCACACCAUCCGUCGACCGGCCGAGAAUCCCGAUACUCCCGCAGGACAGCUGCGUGGACCCGUGCAGCGUGUGCAUAUCGAUCAAUCAUACUCCGCGUCCAAGAACCGCGUCACGUAUCAUCUUCCCGACGAGGCGUCCGAGCUCCUCAAGGGACGGUUCCAGAUCAUCAACGUCUGGCGUCCCAUCAAGACCAUCUUGAAGGAUCCCCUGGCCGUGGCCGAUGCACACUCGGUGCCCGACAGCGACAUCAUUCCCGUCAAGCUGAUCUAUCCCAACCGGGAGGGCGAGACUUGUGUUGUCCGGCCGAACCCCGACAUCAAGUGGUACUACCGCUACGGGCAAACCCCCGACCUCGUCACUUUGAUCAAGUGUGCGGACUCGAAGACCGACGGUCGGGCGAGGCGAGUUCCUCACACGGCGUUUGUGAACCCGGACACGGUGAACGAGGAGCCGAGGCAGAGUAUUGAGGUUCGCACGCUGGUCUUCCAUCCGGAUGAUCGCGACUAG